AUGGCUCGAGUUGUCGGCAAAGGGUCACGGUCCUUGCAGCAGUGGAGGCCACAGACCGACUAUGAGCGAUGGCUCGAAGAACACAAUGAAAACUACCAGCCAGGCCCGCGUCAAAGGGCUGAUAGUGUCCAUUCGACACAAUCUGAUAUCACGCAUCUCCAAUCGUAUAAGCCUCAUGGCGAGUUCUUACGCCAAGUGAGUGCUGGGCCGCCUUCCGCACUGGGAGAUGCUUUGGCCGACAGUGCUCGAGGGCAUUGCCCAUAUCAGUUGGACCUAUUUUUUGUCGUAGUUAUCGCACUCCUACAGAUUGCAAAGUACCUUGAAAAGAGACGCCGUCGUGCAGCUGCUCCUUCAAUUCCUGGACAAACAGUCUAUUAA